AUGACAACAUCGAAAUCCCCACAACAACUAUUAAUUAGCCAGUUGUAUCUAUAUUUGAAAAGUAAUGGGCUUGAUGAAUCGGCACAAUCUUUACUCAAUGAAACUAAGCAGGCUCGUCCUACUCAGCUACAGCAGAACGAAUUACUGACAGAUGAUGAGUUCUUGUAUGAAUGGUGGAAUAUGUUGUGGAGUUUACAAAGUUCUAUAAACCCAGAGUUAAAUCAGGUACUUAACAACUAUACCAUACCGUCUCCACAACAACAGCUACUUUUGCAACAAAGGAUGGUUCAGAGACAACAAGAACAUCAUUUACAACAACAGCAGCAACAACAACAACAACAACAACAACAACAACAACAACAACAGCCGGUUGCCUUCCAGCGAGCUCAACAACAGAUGCAAAAUGCUCCACAAAUGCUCCCACCCCAUCAGAAUCAACCACCACUUCUUCUGCAACAAAAUCCCUCAGUUCCACCAACGCCACAAGCAGCGAAUCCUCCAGGUCCACCUAUUGGUGUUGCACGGCCCCAGAUUCCGCAACAGACUCUGAAGCCGAAUGGACCACAACGUUCGAGGUCGCAACAAAAUGGACCACUACAACAACAACAACAACAACAACAACAACAACAACAACAACAACAACAACAACAACAACAACAACAACAGCGUCGAAGAUCAAAUGCUAAAGCUAAAACCCACACUGACGAAACCAACGAAAAUGGGCCAUCUCCCACUCAAAAGAACUCACCAGCAAAUCUCAAUAUGUCAAAAACAAAUUCGUACAAUCAACUGAAUAACAUUAUCCCAGCUAACAUUAAUCAAAUACAGCAACAAGCUAGGCUACAGCAAUUGAAGAUGCAAUUCCAGCAACAGGCGUUAAUGCAACAGCAAGUGCAACAGCAGGCGCAACAACAAGCACAACAAGCACAAUUACGGGGAUUCAAUGUUUCUAAUAAUCAAAUAAAUCAGCAACAUAAUACGACUAAUACACAGCCAUUCCCGCAACAACAGCAACAGACAAGACCUACACCACAGCAAAGUACAAAAACAAAUAAGGCUUCUAUUUCAGCGCAAGCUAAUCCUCGUACGCAACAAUCACUGCAACCACCACUACCACCAUCUCAGCAGAAUAAAGACCAAGCUCUGGGAUCAACCACUCAAACACCGACGCAAGGAAACUCGUUUGGUCAGCAGACAACUAGUAGUAAUCAAAACCAAGGACCUAUUCAAUCAAAUGUAAAUCCACAAAGCCAACCGUCUGUUUCCAAAAGAAAUAUCCAAUCGCUCGAUGCUUAUCAGAUGACACUAUUACAAAUGGAGAAUCAGAAUAAUUUACAAAGACAGAGAUUCUUACAACAACAACAACAGCAGCAACAGCAGCAACAGCAACCACAGCAGCAACAGCAGCAACAGCAACCACAGCAACCACAGCAACCACAGCAACGGGUACCCCCAAAUAGUGGCAAUGCUCAGUUGGGUGCAAUGUUUCCUUCGAAUCAGACUCUGAACCCUCCCAUGAGUGGUGUAACAAAUCCGCAAUUAUUGCUACAACAACAACAGCAACUCCCACAGACUAAUGGACAAGUUGGGCCACAAAGCCAGUCAGGACUGCAACAACAACCUCUACACCAAUUGGCAAUCAACUCACAAGUGUCUCAAGAUCUAGGUCAAGUAUCUGCAGGCGAUAAUGUUAUUGACGACUCAUUUUUUGCGUCAAACAUCUUGCUUGAUGAUUUCAAACCGAUAGAUCUUGAUGUUGAGAACGUAUUCAAUGAACAUGGGAUGGGGAAUAGUAAUUUCGGAAAUAACGGUAAUGGUGGUAAUAGCAGUGGUGUGAUGGAUUUGGAUUCCAAAUUGGAAGAUAUUGGAGACACGUUACGAAAAGAUUGGUUAAGUUCAAUGGGCUCUGGUCCAGGAUUUGACUAG